AGGCCAUGAGAGGGAAGGAGGGAGGGAAGGUAAGGGACCACGGCCAGCCAGGCGCUGAGGCAGGCAGGUUCCCAUUGGAAAUUCACGGGACCGGUGGUGACUCCCUCUUCUAAAUCCACGCAGUCACAUCAGCCUCUGGUGACAUGGCAGCUGGACCGGGAGUACUGCUGGGUAUGGAGUCCGUUUCAAUCCUUGUCUUUGCAUCUCUUGCGUCAGAAAGAAAGAGCUGUUUCCUGCUUUCAGGCAUGAAAUGGGUGGCAACGCAGCUGGCGGUGUUAAUAAUCCUUCACGUUGUCUUCCACUGGUGCCACGCAGGAAUUACAAGCAUAAACUGUUCUGGCCGCCUGUGGGUAGAACCGGCUGCGGUUUUUCAGAUGGGCACAAACAUCUCCGUGUACUGCCGAGCCUCGGGCAAGAACUGCCAGCCCAGGAUGCUUUAUCUGCACACAAACGGCGUGGCAGAGAGGUUUCUCCUGUCCAGGGUGAACAGGACGACAGCUCGACACAGGUUCCAGAACUUUCUGGCACCUCGGGCCUCCAUGUACUGCACUGCAAAGUGUCCAGGACGCCCAGGGGAAACGUUGGUGUGUGGCCAGGACAUCACCUCUGGAUAUCCGCCGGACGCCCCCCAGGCGCUGACCUGCGUCCUCCACGAGCGCUCGGGCCCCAUGUCAUGCAGCUGGAUGGCUGGCAGGCACACCCACAUGGCCACAGAGUACGUGGUGCACGUGCAGAGUCUGGAGACUGGAGAAGAGCAGCGCUACCCGGCUUCGGGCUCCUUGAACAUCACCCCAGAGGAGCUGCCAGCCGGCAGGGAGUUCCGGGUUUGGGUGAGGGCUGCAAAUGCACUGGGCACGGAGGAGUCUGAACGCUUGCAUGUCCACCUGGAUGACAUAGUGAUACCGUCAGCGUCCAUCAUUUCUAGGGCUGAGACCCUAAAUGCCACCAUGCCCCAGACCAUCAUCCACUGGGAAAGCGACACGGCACUGGAGAAGCUGACCUGCCAGGUCCGGUACGCAGCCACCACCAACCGCACGUGGAGGGUUAAAGAAUUUGACACCAACUUCACAUACGCACAGCAGGCCGAAUUCUUCUUGGAGCCAGGCGUUAAUUACGUAUUUCAAGUGCGGUGCAGAGAGGCAGGGAGCAGGCACUGGCAGCCCUGGAGUGCACCCUUUUAUCACAAGACACCUGACACAGCCCCCCAGGUCACACAGAAGUCCCUGCAGCGCGGCGCUCGGGAUUCGGACUCCGGGCCCCUGGUCCCUUCCAUCUUAAAGGUUUCUGACGGCAAGCAAGACGCUGGACUCUUACCCGGCAUGGUCUUCUUCGCGGUGACACUGUCCAUUCUCUCUCUGAUCGGGAUCUUUAACAGAGCGCUCCGUACCCGAAUUAAAAGGAAAAUCUUACUGCUGCUACCAGGGUGGCUUCGUGACCAGGUUCCUAACGUAGGGAACAGUAACGCUGUGAAGAUGCUACAGGAAAAAGAUGGGUUUGUGAACAGUAGCACCAGUGAGCAGGUCCCUUAUGUGGACCCAGUGAUUACAGAGAUAAAAGAAGUUUUUCACCCAGAAGGGCGCAAGCCUGCAGGUGGCAGGAAAGACAGGAACACAGGAACCCAGGACAUGAAAGCGCCCCUAUUCGUCAGGAGCCCCGAGGUGUACAUCCCCAACCUCAGCACCGGGUAUAAACCACAGAUCUCAAGCUUUCUCCCAGAGGGAAAUCAUCUCAACAGCAGCGGUGAAACCGAUCCAUCAGCCCCGAAGCCAGCAGCAGACCCCUUUGACCCAGGAAAGAAUGCCAGGGUUAGAAAAUACCCUCGGUUUGCCUUUCCAGGCGCCAGUGUGAGUUCCCUGAGCAGCACACUCAUCCUGGAAGAAUUAAGUCUUAUUCUCACCCAAGGCGACAGCGGGCCUCCUGACAUGCCCAACUCGGCAGCAGGCAGAAGUGCCAUGCUUCUGGAAGACGAUUUGCCCAGAGAUACCAUCCCAGAGCAGACCGUACUGCCGGAUGACUUUGUCGCCUGCCUGGGGAUCGUGAACAAGGAGCUGCCUUCUAUUAACGCUUACUUUCCACAAAACAUUUUGGAAGAUCACUUCAAUAGGAUUUCACUCUUGGAAAAGCAGAGCGCGUAGCCAGAGUGCAGCAGAGAAAGCAGCGUUGGUGUCAGAAGUUGUCUCUUCCCCUCGGUAGAAAUGGCAUCCUGCCUCCGAGAUCCCGAAGUGGGACUUACUUCACGGUCACACACACCAAAAAAAAAAAACAGCAUUAGUAGGGAAACCAACGCAUUUAUUAAAAAACACCAAACCACACUACUUCCUCUUCAGCCCUUCCUCCCUGAAAGGUACAGAGUAGCUCUGCUGUGUGGAGGAAGGAUCAAUAGCACAAGAUGUGCGGCAGUGAAAUAAACGCCAAAAACCAGAAUAGCAGCAUCUGCUUGCAAAGGGAAAAGUGAGUUUAACUUUCCUCUUCGCACUUCUAAUUUUCUCAAGUAGCUUAAAAUUAGCUCCGCAGAGCAAACUCAGUAAAAGAUGAAAGAAGGAGGCCCGUGAAUUCGUCUCAUUUGCAGUCACAUCUCUUCCUCUGCUUUCUGUUUGGGUGUUAGAGGUUUGGUCUGGCUGUGUUUGGUCCAUGAGGGGUAAAACAAUGAAGCUAUGAAUUCCCUCUCUUCGUUCAAGUCAACAGCGGUGCCACCAAGCUCCUGUGGCAUCACUGGUGUGUGAUCUAAACUCACGGAAUCCAGGAGAGGUGGCAGAUGUAGGAUCAGCUCGGCGUGAUUGUUCCUGAUAUCAUCUGUUGUGUAGAUUCCUCAGAAACCUCCUUAGAGCAGAGCGUACCAGGAGCAGCCAGGCAAAGGACCUCACACUGCAGACAUCGCUAGCCAAUCACUGCACACCGUGAUUUCCUUUUCAUCAUUCUGUUUGUUAGAAUGUAUGUAUCCUGCAAGGAAUCUGUUUCACAUCCCUAAUGCAAUGUUAAGGUUAAAAUAUCUUGCUUUCUAUCAAGUGCAUUUGCCUCCUUCUUCUCCAAAGAGAGGAUUGUAAUGAAACAAAGAGGCAAGGAGUACUGGAGCCAGAAAGAACCAAACUGAGAUUCAUCUUUGUUGUUUAAUAACCUAGUGUGGGCAUCUGGUAAUAUGGGAAUAAUGGUUUUAUGGUGCAUCUCACCAUGUCUGUAAUUUGUCACUCAAUGUAACUGCUUUUGCAGCCGGGCAUGGUGACACAGGCCUGUAAUCCCAGCAACAUUCUCAAGGCUGAGGCAGGAGGAUUGCCGAGUUCGAGGCCAGCCUGGGUUACAUAGACCUUGUCUCAGAAAAAACAAAACAAAUAUAAAGCUUCCACCAGGCUGGAAGGAGCACAGCACUGCUCGAGCUCUGUCGGUCACCAAAGAGACCAGACCAAGAGACCAGACCAAUCCCAUUUUUGCUGUUAGCCUUUUGGUCCCAGUGGGCCAGAAAUUUUGCUUGGCCCCUGCCCUAAUCAUGGGGAAAUUUCAGCUGCUUCACCCAAUGCCACCCUGACCUGGAAGCCAGGGUUUUCUUUCCACUUAACUUGAACUCACCGGACCACUGAAAACCUUGUGACCAGCAAGGCCCUUGGGAGAUUAUGAAUGUGAACACAGCCAAGUCCCUGCAGCUGUGGGCUUGUAUCCUGGGGGUGAGAGGCAUCCUGUGGGGAAGGGCGGGCAAGGGCUUCAAAGACCUCGCAGUGGGGAAGUGGUCGGAUGGGAGUGGAGAGGGCCAGCGAGAAACAAAGGAGAAAUAACGGACAGCAGUGUGUGCUGGGUGUGCGAGGCGAGGUGGGUAAUGCGGCAGAGAGCAGCCCGCCUUGCACUGGUGACCAGGGAAACCCAUUUGCUGACAUAGCCCCUGAAUCUCAACAAGCCACACCCUCCCGUAGGCCUCCACUGCCUCAGGCCCUGGCCUCCUGCAGCUGGCGUUUGUAUGCUGUCUGCAUCUCCCCAGCAUCUGAAAUGGGAUGUGAGAGGGGAGAAGACCCAAGCAUGCUACUGUGGGUGCCCUGGGCUCGCUGUUUCCCUUCCCUGUGCACCCCAGGGGGCACCUUGCCUUUGACAUCCAGUUGAUGCCAUGCCGCAGUGGAAGAGGGGAAAGGUUUUUCCAAAAGCAAUCUCAGCCACUGAUCUGUCCUGUAAUCUCACUCCAAAUCCCAGCAGCCAGCACAGGAGAGGACAGAGGCGUCCUCUGCCUUCUCACCUGCUCCUUUGCAGGCCGAGUCCCUGACAGCUCAGAGCUCAGGACUGCAGCUCAUUCUGCAGCUCCGUGCAGAGCUGCUAGGUCAGGCCCCAGCCGCCCCCAAGGCCCUGCAGGAUUGGGUCAGAGGGGCCUCGUCUGCUACUGGACACAGAGCUUUGUGUACUGUUACUUCGCUGCUCUCCAAUCACCACACCCUAAAUGUCCAGGCUGACUUCAAGUUUAUGUCCUUUUGGGAUCACUAACAAUAAAAUACUGCAUGGCAAGCAUAAUUAAAUUUCAUAAACUGAGAGACAGUUGACUCCCUCGGCGGCCUCUCUCUUUAUGAAGUAAUUACGCCACUCGCAGGAGGUUAUGUUUUAAUGGGAAAUGUUUCCCACUCGGCAGACACCCGGAUUUAAAAUAAAAGAAAUGAUUAAAAACAAUUUGCGGGCCUCCCUUGGGGAAAAGCAUGAACCCAAUGUAAAAUACUUGUCCUCUGAUUCGUGGAGCAGGUUACGGCUGCUGCGGGUAAGGGAAUUACAGGAAUGCUAAUGCAGGUUUGAUAGAGUGCUGUUACGUUCUUCCCAGCGCUAAGAUCACACCAUUAAACCCAAUUAAUGUCUCACAUGAGGCUCCCUUAGCCAUUUUGCUAAUUUCACUUUUCAGCUUAACUUGUGAUCACCACCCUCUGUCUUUCAGAAUUUCCAUCAGUUUUCUGAAGAUGUGUUUAUUCCCUUUAGGCUUAUGUUCAGAAUACAAAGUAUCACCUAAUUCUCAUAAUUAGCAUUUAGCAACACAUUAAGGACUCAACAGUACAGGGUCCAUUUGUAUUUAGGGCAGUCAAAGUAUACUGGCCUAGCUAAGAAAGACAAAAACAGCCUAUUAUCUCAGCAUUCGAGAGACUAAGGCAGGAAGAUUGUUGCAAGUUUGAAACGAGCCUGGGCUACAAAGUGAGCUCAAGGCCUGCCUGAACUGCAUAGCAAGAUGCUGUCUCAAAAAAAAUAAAAAUAAAAAUAAAAAUAAAAACAAGAAAGCAAGCAGCACCCCCACACACACCUGCCAAAAAAAAAACCCUCUAAGCUAAAUGGCUGUGUCGUAGAAACCUAUAUCUUUUCUGCCACUGUUUCAAAAAUUCCAAGAAAACAAAAGUGCCAUCUCUAACCACGAAGGUGAACCUAAAAUUAGGGCCUCUGCAGAGCACAGGAAGGAAAUUGUGAACAGGCAAGCGCCAGGACUGCGCGUGAGAGCCGGAAGUCAGUACCCCGCAGCUCUUCCCCAGCAGCUCCUGCAGCCUGAGGAGGUCUCAGCCCGGCGCUCACCAGGAGGAACAUGGCAGUGGCUCACGGAGAAAGCGCUUCAGUUUAACCCGCGUGUUAUUUGUGAAAAUGCGUUUUAAAAACUGAUCAUGGUAACAGUGGCGUGGAUGGGGGAAGUGUGGAUGCCCCUCCACACCCUCCUGCAUCCCACCCUGUCGAUACAGUCUGGACCUCAGUCACCGUUGUGUUUUUUUAAUUUAAAUGAUGAAAACGUAGUAUUGUUCUGUGACUGGAUUUUUCUCUUGGAAAUGUUCACAUUUUAUUAUGUGUGGCUGUUCUUUAUUGUUUUAGACAAAUGCAUGGCAUUCCAUGGAACACAUGCAUCCUGGUGCAUGUAAUAGGCACCCAGGGGUCCCAGGUUUCACUAUUACACCUAUUCCAUAGUAAUCUUAUAUGCAGUGUAUCACCGUUAUCAAUGGGAAUUUUGUAAAGGGGGCUUUAUUCUUUGUAAAGAAUAAAGGAAGUCUCUCUCUC